AUGCGUGGAACGUGGGGUCGAGGCUGCGGCGGGGGCCGGCCCGCGCUUGGGGCCUCCCCGGCCCUGGCCUUGCUGGGGAGAGCUCUUCCAGACCCACGGCCUCCUGGGUCCGCCCAGCUCCUCUCUGCCUGGGGCCAGUGGGGGACGCCGGGCGCGGAGCCCACGGGGCACGGCCCGCAGGGUCGACACAGCAAGCGCCUCAAAUCCCGGGGCUUCGAAGGCCCUGGCGGUGAGCUCGCCCGCGUGACGGUCUGCUCCUUGGCGGCCUGGCGCACGCGCAUCCAGGCAGGAGGCACGGGUCCCACGGGGGCGGGAAGUGGCUGGGCCUGCUCCGGGCCUCCUGCCCCAACACGAGGCAGCGGGAACCCCAUCCCCGCCGCUGGGCCCUCACCCCAGGGCCCGUCUCCUGGGUGCCGUCGUGCCCCUCUGCAAAUCCCAGAGCCAAGGCAGCCUGAGGGCCCUUACCCCUCCCAGCCCGAAUCUGCACACCUCCUGGGAUGGAGCGCUCACUACCUCACAGGCCGACCGCUCGGAUACCGUGGGGCUGCCGUGAGGGAGGCCCCGCGCUGUCUGCUGGGUCUCGAGCUGAGCAGCUGGUUCCAGGGCCGCUACCAGCUGCCAAGGCCAGGUGGGCACAUCUCUCGCAGGGCCAGCAGUGAACCCACUACAACACCCCGCAGACUCCAGUACUCACAGACGCACACCGGCGAAGAGUCCAGAAGUCCACCAGGUCCCUUAGCAGGCAAGCGCCAGGAUCAGGCACUGGUGGUGGGGGGACAAGCCCUUGCAGACUCGCGGGGAUGCAGAGACCCCCAGGCACAGCCUGCCGGGACCGUGCACGGCUGCUGUGUGUCCUUGGGUAAGUUGCUGACCCUCUCUGCACUUCCGUUUCCUCACCAUACGCAGCUGACAGCUGGACCCUCUGCCACUGGGUUGCCCAGAAGGUCGUAGGCCCCGCAGAGCGUUUGGCAGAGGGUCCGGGCCUUUCAGAG